AUGGCCAACUUGCGACAUAACUCCCUCCAGUUCAAAGAAGAGGCCGGUCUGUUGGAUCGUGUGGCCGAUUUGGAAAAACGCAGUGCUGAACAGGCCAACGAAUUGGCCUGUUUACGAAGUUCUCUGGCCGAUUGCCUACGUCGUAUCGGUCUACUCGAAUCCAGUAAAGGUACGGCUCUAUGCCAAACUCGGUCAUCUAAUACGAUCACAAAUAAGCGGGUCACACACGGCACCGGAUCAGGUUCCGGCACCAAUCGAGCCCCUCCCCCACGUGUUGAUAUCCCAUCAAGCGGUCGUCAUACUAGUACGAAGUCACGUGGAGGUCCGUCGGCUACGGCCUCCUCGCCCAGUGCUCGAGAUGCACCGUUGCACACACCACAUCAGCGCAGUGGAAGCAAAAGUCCCCGGUUAAGCUCAUCCACAAACGCGUUGGAUCGUCAAUCAGGCAGCGGUGUAGCAAGACGCGGUCGUUUGGGGAUGAGUCCACCACGUGUUGUGGCUAGCCAGAUAGAGGCAAGUCGUGGAGGUCGUGCUAGUCCGUUGCAUCCGACGGCGUGGAAACCGGGUGGGCAAGCAAUAUGCACAGUGCCACGGGAUUUGACUCCAUCGUUCCCGCGUAAACGAGCUUCCCUGUCACCACCAAUUCAUGAAAAUGUGCAAGUUGCUAUUCGUGGAGAGUGGAACAAUGGACAAUACACAUUCAUCCUGCCCCUACUGGGAUACGAACCCAGUCACGAGGGUACAGUUGACUACACGUCAACAACACGCCUGGCUCCAACAUACUGUAAUCGACUUCGUAAUGCACAACUUCUUAUUGGAAUCAUGGUAUGA